AUGGCUUCAGACUCUGACACACUGGGCUUCUCUUUGGUGGACUAUGCAGUAUUUGCUGCUAUGCUGGGGGUGUCGGUGGCCAUCGGGCUAUUCCAGUCUCUGAGGAAGACCCCGGAUCGCUCUAACGUGGACAACUUCUUCACAGGGGGAAGGAGUUUCUCUGCUGUGCCCGUUGGACUGUCGCUCUGUGCCAGCUUUAUGUCAGCUGUCCAAGUGCUCGGUGUGCCAUCAGAGGCAUAUUUAUAUGGCUUUAAGUUCCUCUAUAUGUGCCUGGGACAAGCGCUCAACUCCCUCAUUGCUGCAGUUCUGUUUGUUCCUGUGUUUUAUCGUCUCAAAAUCACCAGCUCAAGUCAGUAUUUAGGAAUGAGGUUUGGCAGAGGGAUGCAACUCUUGGGAAGUUUGCAGUUCAUUGUAGCCACACUCCUCUACACUGGAAUAGUGAUCUUUGCUCCUGCAGUCAUCUUGAAUCAGGCCACAGGUCUAAAUAUGUGGGCAUCUCUCUUCUCAACUGGGCUCAUCUGCACAUUUUACACAACAUUGGGUGGUAUGAAGGCUGUAAUCUGGACAGAUGUGUUUCAGAUUGUAGUCAUGCUCUCUGGGUUCAUUGCAGUCCUCAUUCAGGGCACCAUAUUGGCAGGAGGGCCUGCCAGAGUUUUGGAGAUUGCCAACAAUGGAUCCCGCAUUAAUUUUAAUGAUUUUACCAUAAACCCUCAGAGACGCUACUCAUUCUGGAGUUUCACAGUGGGCGGCACUAUGGUCUGGUUAUCCAUGUAUGGAGCCAAUCAAGCUCAAGUACAGCGUUACAUAUCAUGCAGGACUGAGAAACAAGCCCAACUGGCGCUGCUGGUUAAUCAGGUGGGUCUGUGUCUGAUUGUGAGCAGUGCAGCCACAUGUGGCAUUGUAAUGUUUGCUUUAUACUCCAGCUGUGACCCACUGAAGACUGGCAGAAUAUCUGCAUCUGACCAGUACAUGCCGUACAUGGUUUUGGACAUUUUCCGUAAUCAUCCAGGCUUCCCGGGUCUUUUUCUAGCCUGUGCCUACAGUGGAACUUUAAGUACUGUCUCCACCAGCAUUAACGCCAUGGCAGCUGUUACUAUGGAGGAUGUAAUGAAGCCGUGGCUAAUCAGUGUUUCACAGAGAAAACAGCUCUUGAUCUCCAAGUCAUUAUCACUGUUGUACGGGCUUGGCUGCAUUACAAUGGCUGCGCUCUCCUCGCUGCUGGACUGGGGAGUCCUUCAGGGUUCGUUCACAGUCAUGGGUGUAGUGAACGGUCCACUGCUGGGAGCAUUUGUGCUGGGCAUGUUUGUUCCAGCCACAAAUAAACCAGGGGUGUUCUCAGGUGUGACUGUGGGUUUCUGUCUGUCUCUAUGGCUUGCUGUUGGAAGCACAAUUUAUCCUCCCACACCACAAAUUAUGGGUGUUUUACCCACUAGUGCAGGUCAAUGUCUAGCAAGUAAUGCAACGCUCAACAGCACCACGGCAGUCGCUGAAUCACCUAUCCUGGCAUCAUCAGUCCCUCUGGAUUAUGGCCUUCAAAAUAUCUAUUCAAUAUCCUACCUGUACUUUGGAGCCCUGUCAACAAGUGCAGUCGUGCUGGUAGGUGUGGUGGUUAGCUACAUUACAGGACCUACCAAGAAGGAUUCUAUCAGUCCUGGUUUGUUACGAUGGAACUUGGAACAAAAGACAUGCAAUGAAUCCUGUGAUAACUUGAAUGAAACUAUGACAAACAAUUCCACCGAAAUCCUUCUCAGUCCAAAAGAACUUUUUGCCACUGCUGAUAAACAAGAUGUUUUACUGAACAAAGGUGACAUUUAGACAGGUGCAGGAUUGGCUUUGUGAAGUAAAAAGUCAGGUUUCUAUUUUCAAACUAAAUCUUUA